AUGGCAGAAACCCCUACUAGGAAACGAAUCAUCCUGGCCAUUACAGGCGCAACAGGGGCUGCCAUCGGCAUACGCAUUCUCCAGCUCCUCCGUGGUCUAAAUGUCGAAACGCACCUCAUCAUCAGCAAAUGGGCCGCCGAGACCAUCAAAUGGGAAACCGAUUACUCCAUCGCAGCUCUGAAAACUCUUGCAGAUCACUCAUACAGCCCACAUGACCUAGCAGCGCCUAUCGCGAGUGGCUCGUAUAAGACUGAUGGAAUGAUUAUCGCCCCUUGCUCUGUCAAGAGUCUAGCGGCCAUCAAUGCUGGGAUUUGCAAUGACCUCAUCACAAGGGCGGCUGAUGUCUGCCUCAAGGAGAGGAGGAGGCUUGUACUCAGCGUCAGGGAGACACCAUUCAACGAGAUCCACCUGAGGAAUAUGCUCGAGCUGUCUCGGGCAGGGGCUGUGAUCGCGCCGCCCGUCGUUGGCUUCUACACUAAACCAGCGGGCAUAGACGAUAUUUUGGAUCAGAUGUGUGGGAGGCUCCUGGAUCUUUUUGACCUCGAUAGCAAAAGCUUCGAGCGAUGGACUGGAAUGCAUGACGGCGCUGCAGGAGUUUGA